GCCUCUGCUGCUGCUGCUGUCUCCCCUUCCCUCUGGGUUGGUCGUGGCUGCUGCUUCGGCGGCGGCGGCGGCGGCGGCGGGGGAACCCGAUCCGAGUCGACUCUGCUCCCGCUCCAGCCGAAGCCGAACCUGCAACCGGCGCCGGGCCGGGGCCAUGGGCUCCCCGCGCUGUCCGGGUCAUGAGGACGGAGGCAGAGGCAGCGGGGCAUCCGCUGGAGUCGGGGGACUUUGUGCAGCUGCCUGUGCCCAUCAUCCAGCAGCUCUACCACUGGGACUGUGGCCUGGCCUGCUCCAGGAUGGUGCUGCGGUACCUGGGCCAGCUGGACGACAGAGAGUUUGAGGGUGCCCUGCAGGAGCUGCAGCUCACCAGGAGCAUCUGGACCAUUGACCUGGCCUACCUGAUGCGCCACUUUGGUGUCAGGCAUCGCUUCUGUACUCAGACCCUGGGCGUUGACAAGGGCUACAAAAACCAGUCCUUCUACAGGAAGCACUUUGACACAGAGGAGACGAGGGUGAAUCAGCUGUUUGCACAAGCCAAGGCCUGCAAGGUGCUGGUAGAGAAAUGUGCUGUGAGUGUGCAGGACAUCCAGGCUCAUCUGGCGCAGGGCCACGUGGCCAUCGUGCUGGUGAACUCGGGGGUGCUACACUGCGACCUCUGUUCCAGCCCUGUCAAGUACUGCUGCUUCGCCCCCAGUGGCCACCACUGCUUCUGUCGUACCCCUGACUACCAGGGCCACUUCAUCGUGCUGCGCGGCUACAAUCGGGCCACCGGCUGCAUCUUCUACAACAACCCAGCCUACGCUGACCCAGGAAUGUGUAGCACCAGCAUCAGCAACUUUGAGGAGGCCAGAACCAGCUAUGGCACAGAUGAAGACAUCCUCUUUGUCUACUUGGACAGCUGACCCCGGAUGCCUGGUUUGCCCGUGUCCCUGCUACUCUUCACUGGUUCUACCCAGAAGGCUAUGCCAGGCCCUGAGCUGCUGGGCUUGGAUGAGGUGCUGUGGCCUUGGCCUGUGUGACCCUGCUAUGGGGAGCGACGUGUGCACACCUCUAUCACCGCUCGCCCGGUACAUACCCUCGAGUUGCUACAGGCAUCCCGGAGUGCCUGAGCAGUGGCUCCUCCGAGCCCAGGUCCAGAAGCAGUCAGUGUCUCGGGCUCCUGGGUCAGGGAGAGACCUGAGCCCUUCUCUCGACAGAUCCAGGACUGAGUCCAACGGUGCCCUGCUUUGGGACACUAGCUGCAUGCUUGAAGACAGUAGCUGGCCCUAGACCCCACCCCUGAGGCUGCUUCAGACCUUGCCAGAAGCAGUCUAGAUCCCUCUCCUGGAAGUGCUGCAGACCCCAUGCCCUUUCAUGGGUGCCAUCACCUUCCCAGCUCCCAGUGGGCCCCCUUUUCUGGGGCUGGUUGCAGGGCCUGGGCUCGAGGGAAGGCGCUAGACGUCUGCAGAAGUGACUCUGAGACACCCUGCUCCAUAGCCCUCCAGGUACUCUUUAGGGUCAUUGGUGGGGGGGGUGCCUGGCUGGUGUCUGGUAGAGCUGUGAGUACCUGACUAAGGGCCAGGAAGAGUUUCCCCAAAGGUCUCCUGUCUCACCCCUUUGUGAGGCUGCCUGAUAGUUGCCCAUGUCCUGUUGGAACAGAGUUGGGAACAGAGAGUCUGGUGGAUUAGAGUGCCAGGGUCCUGGUACUUGCAUUCUUGAAGCAGUGGCAGAGCAGCCUAGGAUUCCCGUCUUGGUGCUUGCUCUCAGCAAAGCCCUUGGCUCCAAGCUCCCUGGAGCUCUUCCUCCCCCUUUUGCUUUUUCCAAAGGCACAAGGCUAUUUCUUUGAGAUUGUGUUUUUGCUUUUGCAGAAGGGGAGGAGCACCCUUCAGCCAGACAAUAAUAGUGCGCUUGCAGGUACUGUGGAGCAGGCACCUAAGAGGGCUGGAUGAGCCAGGGCCAGGUCUCCUGAAGAGAAUGGCUGCCACCCCUCAGGGACUGGGGGACUGAGGCCAGGACAGACAUGGUUCAGUCAACUGGGAGUUAGCUAAAGACAGUGGUGGAGGGACUGGGAUCGAUGUCUGCCUGAAUAGUAAGGGAAGCAUUGAAGGGGCUGCCUCUGAGGCUACCAACCCAGUAGCCAUUGCCUCUUCCCAUGCAGUUUGGUCUCCCAGUGCCCAGGGCACGACACCGUGGUAGCUGCUACCAUCCCCAGACUACAGUCCAUGCCCUGAGCUUGUUUUCCUUGGCUGCUAGGGCAUCAGACCAUACCCCCACUAUGUUCACUAGUUCCCUUACACUGUGUGCAGCUGGGGCCCCAGGGACGGUGCUUUGAGCUGGACAGCUGCCCUGGAUUACAUCUCUUGCCUUAAUGCUGGGCAAUCUCAGGAUCCAAGCAGGCUCCCAUUCUACACUCAGAAGCACCCUGUAGGCCCACUAUAGGUGUGGGCACCUUCAGGGCAAAACUGUUGUGUUGAGGGAGAGGAGGUGACGUUUUUCAGUCAUCUGAAUGGUGAUGACGGACCCUGGGACACACUCUCUCCCAGCUGGGAGUAUGUCUUCUUAGGGUGCCUAUGUGGAAGGUGAAGGAGCAGCCUGUCCCAGAGAUGGGCCCUGGGGUCCUAAGGCAGGAGUCACAUAACUCUGUUGUGUAACCAGUCAUGAAAGCCUGAAUAUCAGGAACUAUGUCCUGCCUCCCCACUCCACCCCCGUACAUGGCUCUCCUGACCCACAGUCCCUGAAGCCACACUGGACAGUUGGCUUGGUUCACCCCCAUCUCAGGGGAACAAAAGGGAUCUUUUGCAUUGCAGAGAUUUUAUACAUAAAUAUAUUUUGUUUGUUAACAAGCCAUUCUCAAUAAACAUUACUGCAAAAUGAUGGCAGCCCUUCA